CGCAGAUUUCCAUAUAACACCACACUUAUCCCUUUUCCUCCAAUUCCAUCCUCUGCUCGCACCAAAUUCGUCCCCAAUUUUUAGGGCUACCACGUCAAAUUUGCCGCUUCCACUCAUCUUUUUCUUAGUUUCUCUUCGAUAGAGAGGGAUUGCAAAAUUGCUGAGAUGAUUUCUACUAUUCCUAACUGCCAAACCCUUGUUAACUUUGUCCGUCUCAGAAGUUAGACAGGAAGCAACAAGACUUGACAUGCUUACUCUCUUGCGAUGGGUGAAAGCUCAGAGAUCAACAGACUAGAAAAUAAGGGGAUUGCUUCUGCUUUGAAUUUGUUGGAGGAGUCAAAGAAGGUUAUAGAUUCAAAUUUCAAAGGUGGACCAAUCGCAUGUGCAGAUCUAUACCAAUUUGCUGAGUUACAACAUGAAAGUGAGUUAUCUAUCAUGACUUGUGCUGGUGAAUCUAGAUUUUACAAGAAAGGACAAUGUUUUAAAACAAUCACUAAUGACAUUGAGCAAGGUGGAAUUUGAUGACUAUAUUUUUCAU